CACGGCCGGCCGUUUCCCGACAUGCUCCUCGGAGGAAGGGACGGAGUCGACAAUAACAAACCCAGCCGCGAUCGUGUCCGCGGCCCUGCCGAGCCCUCUGUGCUGCCUAGGGGACCCUCAGUUGCCCCGGCCCCUCGGCUCUGACCGGCCACGGCCCCCUGACUCCCGGCCCCUUAUCAAGAGCCGAGGGGCCUGACAGGGUCCACCGCCCCGACCCCUCCCUUCCACCUGGUGUUGGGGCCGCAGCCGGAGCUCAGGCUCCCAGGCGCCGGCAGUUGUGUCGGUUGCGUGCCGAAUGGGCGGUUGGUAGCCGCCGCCGAAGGCUAGGCGGCGGCAGAAGAUGGUGCCGGGGGCCGCCGGCUGUGCUGCUGCCGCCGGCGGAGGAGGAGACGCUGCUGGUUCUCUGCGUUUAACCAGUAAUGCCAUUCAGUUGCCAAUAUCAAACAAAGCAAACGUAAGCCAGUUUUGAUCUGCUUUGUAAGAAACGUGGUACUGCUUUUCACAGUGCCUCACGGAACUGUAUCAGAAGGUGAGGUUUAAGCUCACAGAAUCUGGAGAGAUCAUCAUGAAGUUGUAUGUAUUUCUGGUUAACACUGGAACUACUCUAACAUUUGACACUGAACUUACAGUGCAGACUGUGGCAGACCUUAAACAUGCCAUUCAAAGCAAAUACAAGAUUGCUAUUCAGCACCAGGUGCUGGUGGUCAAUGGAGGAGAAUGCAUGGCUGCAGAUCGAAGAGUGUGCACCUAUAGCGCUGGGACGGACACGAAUCCAAUUUUUCUUUUUAACAAAGAAAUGAUCUUAUGUGAUCGUGCGCCUGCUAUUCCUAAAACUACGUUUUCGACCGAAAAUGACAUGGAAAUAAAAGUUGAAGAAUCUCUUAUGAUGCCUGCAGUUUUUCACACUGUUGCUUCAAGGACACAACUUGCUGUGGAAAUGUAUGAAGUUGCCAAGAAACUUUGUUCUUUCUGUGAAGGUCUUGUCCACGAUGAACAUCUUCAACACCAAGGCUGGGCUGCAAUCAUGGCCAAUCUGGAGGAUUGUUCAAAUUCAUACCAAAAACUGCUUUUCAAGUUUGAAAGUAUUUAUUCAAAUUAUCUGCAAUCUAUAGAAGACAUCAAGUUAAAACUUACUCAUUUAGGAACUGCGGUUUCAGUAAUGGCCAAGAUCCCAUUGUUGGAGUGCCUCACCAGACAUAGUUACAGGGAAUGUUUGGGAAGACUGGAUUCUUUAAAUGACCAUGAAGGCUCAGAAAAGGCUGAAAUGAAACGAUCCACUGAACUGGUGCUCUCUCCUGAUAUGCCUAGAACAACUAAUACAUCCUUAUUAACCUCAUUUCACAAGUCAAUGGAACCUGUAGCCCCAGAUACCACAGAUGCUGAGAGUGGCAAAGAAAUUAGGGAAUCUUGUCAAAGUAGUGUGCAGCAAGAUGAAACUUCAGUAGAUGCUAAAGACAGUGAUCUGCCUUUUUUUAAUGUUUCUUUGUUAGACUGGAUAAAUGUUCAGGAUAGACCUAAUGAUGUGGAAUCUUUGGUCAGAAAGUGCUUUGAUUCUAUGAGCAGGCUUGAUCCAAAGAUUAUCAGACCAUUUAUAGUAGAAUGCCAUCAAACUAUUGCCAAACUUGAUAAUCAGAAUAUGAAAGCCAUCAAAGGCCUCGAAGACCGGCUCUAUGCGUUGGACCAGAUGAUUGCCAGCUGUGGCCGGCUGGUGAAUGAACAGAAGGAGCUUGCUCAGGGAUUUUUAGCAAAUCAAAUGAGAGCUGAAAAUUUGAAAGAUGCAUCUGUAUUACCUGAUUUGUGCCUGAGUCAUGCGAAUCAGUUGAUGAUUAUGUUGCAAAAUCAUAGAAAGCUAUUGGAUAUUAAACAGAAGUGUACCACUGCCAAACAAGAAUUAGCAAAUAAUCUACACGUCAGAUUGAAGUGGUGUUGCUUUGUGAUGCUUCACGCUGAUCAAGAUGGAGAAAAAUUGCAAGCUUUACUCCGCCUCGUAAUAGAACUUUUAGAAAGAGUCAAAAUUGUUGAAGCUCUUAGUACUGUUCCUCAGAUGUAUUGCUUAGCUGUUGUUGAGGUUGUCAGGAGAAAAAUGUUCAUUAAACACUACAGGGAGUGGGCUGGUGCUUUAGUCAAAGAUGGGAAGCGACUCUAUGAAGCUGAGAAGUCCAAAAGGGAAUCCUUUGGGAAAGUGUUUAGGAAGUCUUUUUUAAGAAAUCGUCUGUUUAGGGGAUUGGACUCCUGGCCACCUUCCUUUUGUACUCAGAAGCCUCGAAAGUUUGACUGUGAACUUCCAGAUAUUUCAUUAAAAGAUUUACAGUUUCUGCAAUCAUUUUGUCCUUCUGAAGUUCAGCCAUUCCUCAGGGUACCCUUGCUUUGUGACUUUGAACCUCUACACCAGCAUGUACUUGCCCUACAUAAUUUGGUAAAAGCAGCACAAAGUUUGGAUGAAAUGUCACAGACCAUUACAGAUCUUCUCAAUGAACAAAAGGUAUCCAUGAGUCAAGCAUCCCCUCAGUGGGCUUCUUCCCCGCGGACAGAAAGUACAGCGGGAAUUACAACUACUACCUCACCGAGAACUCCCCCUCCACUCACUGUUGAGGGUACCUUGUGUCCAGCAGUUUGUCCCUUAGAAGAAUUAUCUCCAGAUAGCAUUGAUGCACAUACAUUUGAUUUUGAAACUAUACCCCAUCCAAACAUUGAACAAACUAUUCACCAAGUAUCUUUAGACUUAGAUUCAUUAGCUGAAAGUCCAGAGUCAGAUUUUAUGUCUGCUGUGAAUGAGUUUGUGAUAGAAGAAAAUUUAUCAUCUCCUAAUCCUAUAAGUGAUCCCCAAAGUCCAGAAAUGAUGGUGGAAUCACUUUAUUCAUCAGUUAUCAAUGCGAUAGAUAGUAGACGUUUGCAAGAUACAAAUACAGGUGGCAAAGAGGAUUUUGGAGAUAAUGCUUCUCUGAAUGUCCAGUUGGAAAAAUACAGAGUUUUUGCCCAAAAUUCUCAUUGUAGUAUACAGACCAUUAAGGAAGAUCUGUGUCACUUCAAAACAUUUGUACAAAAAGAACAGUGUGACUUCUCGAAUUCUUUAAAAUGUACAGCAGUAGAAAUAAGAAACAUUAUUGAAAAAGUAAAAUGUUCCCUGGAAAUAACACUAAAAGAAAAGCAUCAAAAAGAACUACAUUCUUUGAAAAGUGAGUAUGAAGGUAAAAUCAGUGCAUUAGUAAAGGAGAGUGAAGAAAAUGAAAACAAGAUUAAGAAGCUGAAAGGAGACUUGGUCUAUCUUGAGGAAGUUUUACAAAAUAAAGAUAAUGAAUUUGCUUUGGUUAAGCAUGAAAAAGAAGCUGUCAUCUGCCUGCAAAAUGAAAAGGAUCGAAAGUUGUUGGAGAUGGAAAAUAUAGUGCACACUCAAAAUUGCGAAAUUAAUGAACUAAAGCAGUCACGAGAGGUUGUGUUAGAAGACUUAAAAAAGCUCCAUGCUGAAAAUGAUGAAAAGAUUGAGUUACUGAGGGCAGAGCUUCAGUGCCUUGAGCAGAGCCACCUAAAGGAAUUAGAGGACACUCUGCAUGUCAGGCACACACAAGAGUUUGAGAAAGUCAUGACAGACCACAAAAUUUCUUUGGAAAAAUUAAAACAAGAAAAUCAACAAAGAAUUGAUCAGCUACAAGAAUCUCACACCACAGCUAUCCAUGAAAAAGAACAGCAGCUGCAGGAACUAAAACUGAAGGUUUCUGAUUUGUCAGACACGAGGUGUAAGUUAGAGGUUGAACUGGCAUUGAAAGAAGCAGAAACAGAUGAAAUAAAAAUGUUGCUGGAAGAAAGCAGAAUGCAACAGAAAGAGACACUUAAGUCUCUUCUUGAAAAAGAAACAGAAAACUUAAGAAUAGAGAUAAGUCAACUAAACCAAAAGAUUCAAGAUAAUAAUGAAAAUUAUCAGGUGGGUUUAGCAGAGCUACGAACUCUAAUGACAGUUGAAAAAGAUUUGUGCAUUUCAGAAUUAAUUAGUAGACAUGAAGAAGAAUCUAAUAUACUUAAAACUGAACUAGACAAAGUAACAUCUUUGCAUCAUCAAGCAUUUGAAAUAGAAAAAAACCUAAAAGAACAAGUAGUUGAGCUGCAGAAUAAAUUGGAUUCAGAAUUGCAUGCUCUUGCUAAACAAAAAGAUGAAAAAAUCACUCAACAAGAAGAGAAAUAUGAAGCAAUUAUUCAGAACCUUGAGGAAGACAAAGAGAAACUGAUUAUGAGCUAUGAACAAGAGAGAGAACAGUUAAUUCAGAAGCUCAGCUGUGAAAAAGAGGAAGCUGUUCAGACUGCUCUAAAAGAGUUUAAGUUGGAAAGAGAAGUUGUCGAGAAAGAGUUAUUAGAAAAAAUUAAACAUCUUGAAAAUCAAAUAGCACAAAGUGCUGUCAUUGAAUCUACCAGAGAAGAUUCUUCAAGCUUAGUUGCUGAACUUCAAGAAAAGCUUCAGGAAGAAAAAGCUAAAUUUCUGGAACAACUUGAAGAGCAAGAGAAGAGAAAGAAUGAAGAAAUGCAAAAUGUUCGAACAUCUUUGAUUGCUGAACAACAGACCAAUUUUAACACUGUUUUAACAAGAGAGAAAAUGAAGAAAGAAAACAUAAUAAAUGAUCUUAGUGAUAAGUUGAAAAGUACGAUGAAACAACAGGAACGGGAUAAAGAUUUGAUAGAAUCACUUUCUGAAGACAGAGCUCGUUUGCUUGAGGAGAAGAAAAAGCUUGAAGAAGAAGUCAGUAAGUUGCGGGGCAGCACUUUGGUUCCUUCACCGUAUGCAGCUGCAGCCCCGGAACUUUACGGAGCCUGUGCACCCGAGUUCCCAGGGGAAGCCGACAGCGCGGCCUCAGAGGCAGCCGAUGAAGGGAGGAUGGACUCAGCGAUGGAGACGAGCAUGGUGUCUGUCCAGGAAAAUGUCCAUAUGCUUUCUGAAGAAAAGCAGAGAAUAAUGCUCUUAGAAAGAACACUGCAGUUGAAAGAGGAAGAAAAUAAGCGGUUAAAUCAAAGACUGAUGUCUCAGAGCAUGUCUUCUGUGUCUGCAAGGCAUUCUGAAAAGAUAGCAAUCAGAGAUUUUCAGGUGGGAGAUCUGGUACUCAUCAUCUUAGAUGAACGCCACGACAAUUAUGUAUUAUUUACUGUUAGUCCUACUUUAUAUUUUUUGCAUUCAGAGUCUCUGCCUGCCCUGGAUCUCAAACCAGGUGAGGGUGCUUCAGGUGCAUCUAGAAGACCCUGGGUUCUUGGAAAAGUAAUGGAAAAGGAGUAUUGUCAAGCUAAAAAGGCACAAAACAGAUUUAAAGUUCCUUUGGGGACAAAGUUCUACAGAGUCAAAGCUGUGUCAUGGAAUAAGAAAGUAUAGCUGUGGAAGCGAUGACCGCAUUCUGUGUCAGUUCUAACUUGUUUGACAUUGCUCAUUAACCACCCCAAAACAGCAGGCAUCUUUUUAUACAAAACUCAUCAAUAGACUUCACAGGUGUCCUUUUUAACUGGCUACAUUUUAGGAACGAUAAAUUCGUCAGAACCCUCGGCUGAAUUGAAAUGGUUUGGGGUUUUCUUUCUUUUGUACCCAGAUAACUCUAGAAAUGCGGACCAAACUAACUCAUCUUCUCAAAGGGCACACCCUGUGCAUUGUGGCUUAUGUCAGCCGUGUUAAUUAACUCCUGCCUGUUCACUGUACCUUAGCCUGAACUCUGAUGUUAAAUGUUAGUUACUAUUACCAGCAUUUGUCCUUUUGUGAAAUCAGUAUCAGAAUACUUGCACUCUUUAACACAUCCUUUAUAAAAAUGUGUAAAUUCUUCAAAACUAUUUAAAGAGUGUUACUGCAUGCAGAUAAUCAUAACUUUGAGUUUACCUCAGUAGAUUACUAAAGCAAAUUCUUUGAUUUUUAAAAAUGCCCUUUGAUAUUUCAAAAAAGGAACUGUUAUUUGAGUGACUGACUUUAAGAUCAGCCAUAAGAAAACAGCAAUCGUGAAAAGCACUUUCAACAGACUUAGUCACCUGGGUUCUACAGGGAAGAGUCUGCUGUGGUGUUUCCACCGCGGCACUCAAGCCUUCCCACCAUCCUUACGACUCUGUUUAGAAUAAUCAUACUGAUGAGAUCGUAAUUCAUGGUUGAGUUUCAGAAAAACAUGCAUUGUAUAUUAACCAUUUAGAGGUCAUUUAAAUAACAAAAUAUUGUAUUGUAAAAGACCUGUACAAUUUUAAAACAAUAAAGAUUUGAACCUGUAAAUGUGUGUGCCUUUUAAAGGAGGAUACAUUUUUAAUAUAUUUGAGUGAUUGAGGGGAGUAUGAGAAAACUGUUAUUUAUUAUUAUAUCAAAGAAAAAAUGUUUAUUACAAAAAUGUUCUUUAAUUAUAUACCAUGUAACAGUGUAAAACAGUGUUAUGUAGAAUAGAAUUGUGUAAACUAGACUUUAGAGAUGUUGCUAUUGAGCAGAGAUAUUUAAAUGACUUAAGUGGAUUUGGAUGAAAGUUGUUUCAAGUUUGUUGGUAGAGAACAGUAACUGAUUUUUUUCAGAAAAUAUUUAAUUUCCUCAUAAAAAUGAGUUAAAUAUUUUUUUAAAUAUGUAUCUAAUAGUACAAAAUGGAAUAAGCAUCAUAGUGUAUAGAAAACUGAAUUUGACAACAUAUUAAUGAAUAAAUGAAUGAUGAUUUCAUAUGUUUCUACUCAGUCCUUCCAUGACAUCUUUGUGCAAAGAACAUCAACACAAUAAAUGGCUUUAUAUACAGUGUUUCUGUUAAGCAGACUUAGUUGGUUUAUAAGUGAAUCUGCUAUUAGUGGUACCCUUCCAAUUUAAUUUGUGGUCAUUGCUGUGAUUUGUGGUGUCAAAUUACCAUCUCAUUAGUACUGAUUUUUAUUGUUUAGUGCUGUUGCUUGAUAGCUUUUGUUAUAUCCUAUUUUAUAUUGAUCCAUAUCAGUGUUCACAUAUACUUUAAAAAGAAGCCUGAAAUGAUUUUAUUAGCUGAAAAGCAGACAAGAGGCCAGGUGUUGUAGCACAGGCCUGUAAUCCCAGCUACAUGAGAGGUUGUGGCAGGAAGAUCGUGAGACCUUUUCUAAAAAAAAAAAAAGAAUAACCAUGGAAAUGUAAGCUGUCAAUUGGUUUAGGUAAUUGAAAAGCAAUACACUAUGAUCCUUGGCACCUGAAUACAUGAUUUCCAGUUUCAGAUUAACUGCAGAUGGGUUGUAUGAAUUCUUGGAACUCAUUUAUCUCAUGUUUAAGAAGAGGUGUAAUAAAUCCUGUCUUGUAGAGUUAUUUUGCUCAUUUAACGACAUGUAAAAAUGGUUAACUGCUUUGAACAAAUUCAGGUGUAUAUUAAACACUGAACACCUGUUUGCUAUUAAAAUUUCUUUAUAUAAUUCAGACACUAAUCAGGCUCAACACACAGCUUCCUUUUAUUACAUGAGUGAUACUUAAGUCAUACUUUAUUGGAAGUAAACUACGCAUGAAUUAAGUGUAUUUAUUUUGAUAAAAGUAACUGGUUAUACUAAAAGGCUGUACAAAAAUAUAAAUGUUCGUUUUAUUGAGUUGAAAAAAUUAUCAAUCUGUAAAGCAUACAUAUUCUUUAAAACACAUGUGUGCCCCCACACAGACACACACAACAGGAUUCUUGUAUUUGUUUUGCCACUUAAACGUAAUCCUAACAUUUUUGAUGGCUUUUAUGUGGUAUGCUAUAUUACGUGGCUAUACUAAUGUAUCUUGGUAUGUUGAUUUACUUUCUUACAUUAUACAAAGAUCUAGUUCUUUCAUAACCUUUCCCACUUUCAUCUUUUAUAUGUAGUGUUAUAUUCAUUUGUUCAUUAGGAUUCACAUUAUGUAACUUUUUACUCUGUUCGGCGAAGUCUUGAACUAAGAUAUUUCCUUCCUUCUACAGCCUGCAAAUGUUUUGUGAAGAUUUCCUGCUUUUUCCUUCUUGUGGUAUUUUGUAAUUAUUGUGGCUUUAUCUUUUCAACUGUUAUUGUGGGACCCCUCUUUGUAUUUCUGUUAGCCAGUCUUCCUUGGAACUUCCACUUGUGUUGAUGUUUUUAGACAGCAUCAUAGCAUGUCAUUCAGGCCAGCCUGGAACUUGCCACACAGCCCAGACUGGCCUUGAACUUGCUGCACUCCUGCUCCUACCAUCUCUGGUGUGCCGGCUUUGCCUUCCUCUUGCUGGAGCUAUCUAACUUCUCAGUAAAGUAUCAAAGAGGGGAGUUUACUGAAUCUCUGCAAAUGUAAUAGUCUUCGUGAUGGAUAAUAGUUUUUGCAGACACUGUUGCUUUGUCUCCUGUUAUCUAAGUUACUUCUGUUAAGAUUGUGUUUUCUACCCACCCUUAGGCUUCCCUCAGAAAUUUUGGGGAGCUUCCUUUUAAACCUUGUAUAAGGAAAUGGCUUAUGAGUCCUUUCAUCCUACAGAUUUGUGUCCAGCAGCAACAGUAAGGAGAUUUUUAUAAAAUUUAUUAUUUUUCUUUCAGACUUACUGGAUAGUAAGCCUUACAGAUGUCUGUUUGCUAUCAUCUCCAACUGAUAAUUGUAGUUUUUUCUAGUUUUCAAAGUGCUCCAUUUAAACCACUUUUCAAGAGUGCUGAUUCACCUAUUGAGGAAUUCUACAGACCUACUUUUCAAAUCUUUGAAGAUAUAAAUUAGGAUUCUCCUUCUAAAGUUAUCUUGUAUCUCCAUGUCUCUUAGGCUUUUUUCUUUAUUGUUCUGUUUCAUUACAUUACUCCACUAAUGUCUGAUAUCCCUUUUUCUUUCAUAUUUAAGAGUAGGGCAUUGAAAAGCUGAUGGGCAAGAGUACAUUUAACCUCUUAUAGCGUUCCCAGAAGGUGCAGAUGGAAUGGUUACAGAAUUAUGGUUUCAAAGCUUUGUGCAAUUUAGAAGUCGUCCCACCUUGUCCCUUCUGGUUGUUCAUUUUUUGAUUCUAAGGUAAAGUCCACACUUCAAGAAUCCAUGUUUACGGUAAAAUAAUAUACAUGAAAUAUGCCAUAAAUUCAUCCAUUUGUUGAACAUUGGAUGAUUUUUAAAUUUCGAUUGUGGUUACUAGUGCUUCAGCUGAAUAUGUACAUGUGUUUGGGGAGGGAAAGUGCUGGAACAUAACUGUAUAUAUGUAUCUUUACCCUUCAGAGAAACUGCCAUAUUGGUUUCUAUAGUGGCUAAACCAUUUUAUGCUCUCACAGGUUGUACACCUCAGUUAUUUGACAGUACAGGUGUGCACAAGCUAGACAACUGCUCCACGUCCCCAGAUUUUUUUAAGUUUGGGGAACAUUCUCAUUAUGUUGCCCAGAUAGGCACUCAGCUUGUGGUGUUUCUGCCUCAGCUUUCCAAAUAGCUGGAAUUACAAGUGCGUGCCACCACUCCUGACUCCCAGUGGGUAUUUUACGUACUUGUAAGCACUGUCUUUAUUGGAGAAUGUCUAUUUAAGAUUCUUCACCAUUUUGUUUAAGUUGGGCUUUUACCACUGCAUUGUAAGUUUUGAAUAUUAGACUCAGCUGAUUUAUUUUCUUUCAUUCUUCACAUUCUCUUGCUGCUGUCCUGACAAUCUCCUUUAGUGCAUUCAAUUUUUAUAUUUUGUCCAAUUUAUCUAGUGAUUUUUUGUUUUUGCUUCCAUUUUUGAUGUCAAGUCUUAAUGUAUUGCCAAGUAAAAAGCUGUGAAGAUUUACCCAUGUGUUGUCUUUUAAAAGGAGUUCUACAGAGUUAGAUCUUAUAUUUAGGUUGUUGGCCCAUCUUGAGUUUAUUUUUGUAUAUAGUGUAAGGUCAUCUUCCAUAGUUACUCUUUCGAUUGUUUUUCCAUUAUGAGUCCCAGUAUACUGCUUAUGAAUUUUCGUGCUGUCUGACUGCUCUGUUUUAGAAAAAAGGCUAUUAGAAUUUUGAUAAGGAUCAAACCAAAAUGUGCAUUUUAACUGUGGUCUACUAACCCAUGAAUAAAAGGGUAUUUUCCACUUACGUUUUAACUUCAGGAAUGUUGUAUAGUUUUCAGCAUCUUCACUUACAUGAAAUUCUAGCUACUCUGUUCUUUUGGAUGCUGUUAGAGUACUUUAUUUCCUUAAUGAAUUAUUUUUUGCCAUUACAUAGAAGUACAACUGACUGUUGCGUGUCACUUUUGUACCCUGAAACUGCUGACUUUAUAGCUCUGCUGUUGCUGUAUGACUGUGUGUCUGUCCUGUCAGAUUCCCAAGUCAUCUGCAAAUACAGUUCUACUUCCUUUCCAA